UUCCAGGUACUCUGCUUCCUCCCUCAGUCGAAAUACAAGCACAUUGGGUUUAUUGGUUUCUCUAAUUUGCCCUUAGGAGUGUGUUUAUGUGUGUGAGUGUAGAUGGUUGUUAGUCCUGUGUGUCUCCUUGUUGCCAUGUGAUAGACUGGUAACUUGUCCAGAGUUUGCCCCACCUCUUACCCGAGAGAUGGCACCAGCCCCCUGCGACCCCACACAGGUAUGGAUGGAUGGAUGGAUGGAUGUGUUGAGAGUGCAGAGGCAGUAAAAUGCUCUCUCACUCUUUUGACUGAGGUACAGAAGAAACAAUAAAACAGGGUACAGUCAACACUAAUUAGUAUGGCUAAACAUGUGAGAAAGCUUUAAAAAAAAAAAGCAGUUAUUGAUGUAACAAAGUUUUAGACAAGUGCUGGCAUUUGUUUUUGUUGUUGGCAGCAGAUGUUCCUCCGGUUGCCAUGGUGAUAAAGUGGCCUCUGGUCAAACAUUAAUAGGUGUUUCUCUCAGUGAUAUCUCCGUCAGUCUGUAUCAGGACCUCAGAUUAAUCCUAACCCUUCCUGGUGUGGGAGCCACCAGGCGUGUCUGCGGUCCUCUGAUGGAGAUUCCGGUUUUUCCAGUCGGCUCUUACUGGUUUAAAGGCUAGCAGGUCUGAAUCCCGCUCAGUCUCCCUUCAGCGGUACUUCACCGUAGUAAUGGCUUCAAACACUGUCACGAUGGGUCACCUGCCCAGCGGCAUGGGGAUAUGCACCACCAUCCCGGACAUCCUCUACGUACCAGAACUGAUCUUUGGUGGUCUAGUGUGGAUCCUGGUGGCGUGCACGUACAUAGUGCCAUAUAACCCUCAGGCCUGGGUCAUGUGUGUCUCUAUCUUCUGCUUCCUUAUGACCUUCGUCUGGUUGGUGGUGUUUGCCUGUGGGAGCCACCACAACUCAAGUGGCUGGGCAGCUGCAGACUUCAUCUACCAUGGUAUUGCUGCCAUGUUGUAUCUCAGUGCUUCAGUUCUCUUGGCAAUUGUGACUCUGGCCUUCAAAUCCAAUCCAGCCACCUACGUGUACAAGCUGGAUAUCUCAGCAGUUGUUUUCUCAUUUGUGGCAACUCUCCUCUACGUCAUCCACACGAUACUGUCUGCCAUUCGAUGGAAAUCUUUCUAGAACCUCCCUCCUGUCACAGCCUCAUGAAGACGUACCACACAGAACUGACUUUAUAUUGCUGUACAUAAAAACUGUGGCCUACUGACAUGAUGGGAAUGCUGAGAGUGAUGGAGACUGCAAACCUAUAUUUUUUUCUGAGGAAGCUUUGAAGCAACAUCUAGUUUAUCAUAGCAUCUGACCUUUGAAGUGGAUGUAGAACAACAUGAGCUCCCAGCUGACCCAGAGUUGCUUUGUCAACAGAUCAACAGAACCCAGACAUGACUGACCCAUUUUAACAGAUGUGACAGAGCAGAAUAUAUACCAACCCAAUUUGUUAAAAUGUCUACUUAAGAAAUUUCCCCAAAUAUUUAACACUAUAUGAUAAUAAAUUCUCCUAAAGUAAGGUUAAUAUUAUACUCUGUGAUUGAAGUAUGUUUUUGUUUUGCAUUUUUAAAAGGUACAUUAGCUUGCUUAGUAACUUUUACCCCAUAAAUAGGCUAAAUGUAAGGUUUCAUAUAUACCAGAUACUGCUUUUUACUGCCUAACAUGUCAAAUAAAAAUGCAUUACGUUUUUAGUUUUCUUCCCUAACUAAAACACAUUAGUUUAGGAAAUGUUCAUAACAAAAAAAAGUCCAGUAAAUCUAUUUUUUUGUAUUUUUAUAUAUUUACUGUCAUAACAUUUUCCAAUAUCCUUUAAUCUGAUGUGAAAUUUGGUAUGCAUUAAAAAGUAAACAAAUUCAGACUAUCAGCAAUGGUGAUUUGAUAUAUUUUUGUAGUCUUUGUAAAUUGUAAAACUCAUAUAAAAUAAAAUAAUGCAUUGUUUUGUGUUGAGACAAUUAAAAUAUCUUUUGUUUUUCUCCAAAACCUCUCAAGACCCCUGCUUCGUACUUGUACAGUAUACUGAAAGGACCAUGAUCUGGUCAGUGUUGGGCAUUCCUAACAUAGCUGAUGGCUCUCAGCUGAAUCAUGUCAGUGAAGGAAACACAAAACAAAAAUUACACUGUGAACCCGAUAAAUGAUAAAACUGAAGUGGUGAAAAUGGAGACGCUAAAAUCAAGGCAGUGAAUAAAAACAGGCAACGUUAAAUUUGAUAACCUUAAUAUUUAUAACAUUAAUAUUCACCAUGUUAUCAUUUUAAUGCCCUCCAAAUUCACAGAUUCUAAUUUUCACAGAGGAGAAAUUAAUCACAUCUUGGUUUUUACGGGACUCAAUUUUUCCAUGUUCAGUAUUUCACACCUUCAAUUUGUUUCUAGUUAAUUUUUGUUACUUUGACCCUUCAUACCUGUUUACAUCCCUAAUUGCUACACUGUAUGCUUCCCUGUUGCUGCCUAGCUCCAUGUCCGUGUUCCUGUUCUGGCUUACCCAUGUAAGUUAUUAUUAUUAAAAGAAGAAACCUUUCAACUCACCAUGCAACUUAUGAGUGUCAGACCGCACAUUGGUCCAAACAAACCACAAUGAUUUAUGACAAAAAUUAUAACUAAAUAAAAGAAAGAAAUCAAAUUAAAA